AUGGUACAUUUUCUUCAGCUUCACUCGGCUCUAUCUGCUCAGACCCUGCUCAGACCCUGCUCAGACUCUGCUCAGACUCUGCUCAGACCCUGCUCAGACUCUGCUCAGACUCUGCUCAGACUCUGCUCAGACUCUGCUCAGACUCUGCUCAGACUCUGCUCAGACCCUGCUCAGACUCUGCUCAGACCCUGCUCAGACUCUGCUCAGCCUCUGCUCAGCCUCUGCUCAGACUCUGCUCAGACUCUGCUCAGACUCUGCUCAGACUCUGCUCAGACUCUGCUCAGACCCUGCUCAGACUCUGCUCAGACUCUGCUCAGACUCUGCUCAGACUCUGCUCAGACUCUGCUCAGACUCUGCUCAGACUCUGCUCAGACCCUGCUCAGACUCUGCUCAGACUCUGCUCAGACUCUGCUCAGACUCUGCUCAGACUCUGCUCAGACUCUGCUCAGACUCUGCUCAGACUCCGCUCAGACCCUGCUCACGAUCUCAAAAUUCUCCCACAGUCACACAGCUGCUCGUGGACACAUGUACACCGUGAACGAUGCUGUAGCUUUGACCUUCUCCGUCUGUCCGUGA